CAUUGACUGUGACUGACAUUGUUUUAGUCGUUGUUGAUUUGAUUGAGUGUUGCGAGAGUCUAGAAAUAAGAUGAAUUGGAAACAAAUUUUCAAACAAUAAUUGGGAGCGAAACAAUAUUAAUCCCGAGAGUAUAUAUUUAAAAAUAUGGCAUCGGAGAAAGACCCUUUAGUAAGCGAAAGGUCGGGCACGGUACGCGAAGUAGGAAAUAAUGCAAUUUGGAGUCUUUCAUCGUGUAAGCCAGGAUUCGGUAUUGAUCAGUUAAGAGAUGAUUGCAUGGACACAUAUUGGCAAUCUGAUGGCCAACUCCCACACUUAGUUAACAUUCAAUUCCAAAGAAAAACAAUGGUGUCGCAUAUUUACAUUUACACUGAUUAUAAGCUGGAUGAAAGCUACACGCCUAGCAGAAUUUCGAUCAGGGCUGGUACACAUUUUAAUGAUUUACAAGAGAUUGAAGUAAUAGAAUUGAUUGAACCAAGCGGCUGGGAAAUGAUUCCAAUUAAAGAUAUGCAUGAUCGACCGAUAAGGACCUAUAUGAUACAAAUAGCUGUAUUGAGUAAUCAUCAAAAUGGCAGAGAUACACACAUGAGGCAAAUAAAAGUCCAUUCUCCAUGCGAACCUACUUCAUUUGAUAUAAACAAAUUCAGGAAUUUCUCUACAGUGCAGUUCCAGCAAUAUACUACUAUAAGAUAAUUAUUAAUAUUUUUAUUUUUAAAUGCACAGUUCUAAAUGUAAAUCUACUUACAUAUUUUCAAAUCGUGUAGUCCUGGCACCAUUAAAAAAAAGGAUAGGAUCACUUCAUAGCAUUUCCAUGGAUGUCGUAAAAGGUGGCUAAAUGAUAGGCUUAUAAACUUGGGGUUCUUUUUUUAGGUGAUGGGCUAGCAACCUGUCACUAUUUGAAUCUCAAUUCUAUUAUUAAGCCAAAAAGCUGAACAUGGCCUAUGGUCUUUUCAAGACUGCGGGCUUUGUCUACUCUGCAAGGGAUUUUGACAUGAUUAUGUGUGUGUGAGUAUAGUAUAUAAGUCACUUGAUUGUAAUCUUUUUUGGAUUGGCUUAUUUUGUGAUAAAUUUUGUAAAACACUAAUAAGAGUCUUAUCAUACAUCAUAUAUAAUUGAUGAAUGUUGUAUGAUACUGUUGGCUCUGUCUACCCCGUAAGGGAUAAAGAUGUGAUUAUACCUAUGUAUGUAUUUUGUCUAAUGUACCUAUUUAAAUAAUAAUGCUAAAUCUAAUAAAAUGAACGAUAAGUAGAAAAU